UGCGCAGGCGCAGGCGCCGGGAGCCACUCUUGCCAGGUCCUCCCUUUCCAACAAGUACGGAAGGAACUUCCAUAAAGUCAUUUCCGGGAAGCGGGGUCGCGCUUUGUUCGCUGCAACAUGGAGGCGAGUGGCGGAGCCGAUGAGGCGGUUUCCGGGGAAUUGGUGUCGGUGGCUCACGCUCUUUCUCUCCCCGCCGAGUCUUAUGGCAACGAUCCUGAUAUCGAGAUGGCUUGGGCCAUGAGAGCAAUGCAGCACGCCGAAGUCUACUACAAGCUGAUUUCAUCAGUUGACCCACAGUUCCUGAAACUUACCAAAGUGGAUGACCAAAUCUAUUCUGAAUUUCGGAAAAAUUUUGAGAAUCUCAAGAUAGAUGUAUUGGACCCAGAAGAGCUCAAAUCGGUAUCAGCUAAAGAGAAGUGGAGGCCAUUCUGUUUGCAGUUUGAUGGGGUUAUAGAAGACUUCAACUAUGGUACUUUGCUGCGACUGGAUUGUUCUCAGGGCUACACUGAGGAAAACACAAUCUUUGCCCCCAGGAUACAAUUUUUUGCCAUUGAAAUUGCUCGGAACAGGGAAGGCUAUAACAAAGCAGUUUACGACAGUGUUCAGGACAAAGAAGACAAAGGGGCCAACAAUGGCGAAAAAGAGAAAAGCGACAAAGGAGAAGAGAAAGAGAAAAAAGCCAAGAAUGGAGUCAAUGAAAGCGACGAAAUAGCUAUGUAAGGUAGACAGGGGACAGCACUCUAGAAACUGUGACUCGGCGGAGUCUACAAGUACCAUGAUGUUACUUGCACAGAACCCUACGGUUAAAGGUACGCCCUGUGCAGUCGAAGGCCAUCUUUCUAGCCUAAUAAUCAGGAGCUGUUCUGAUUGUUCUCUUGUAGGAAUUGGCUUAAAGGCUAUUAGUGGAGUCAUAGUGGAUUGUUUCUUGUU